AAAUCAGUGUCAACGCUGAGAACGAUAAAAGUUUAGCUUCAGCGAGAGAGAUAAAACAAAUUUGAUUUGAAAACGCAAUAAAUGAGUGAGAAAUGAUGUGUUCAAAGCGUGAAAAGAUAGUAGUCGGACUAUUAUUUGUGUUGAUAGUCGAAUGCACCUCAGAGAGUGACUCGAAUCAAAAGCCAAAACUAAAUAUCGCUAUUAUUGGUGCUGGGACGUCUGGUCUCGCCAGUGCAAGGUAUUCCAUCGCUAGUGGCCAUAGUGUGACAGUGUUUGAACAAAAUGCAGAUCUUGGUGGCGUUUGGGCAUACACAGAUGCAGUUGGUAAGAACCAAUACGGUGUUAACAUUCACUCUUCGAUGUAUGAAGAACUGAGAACGAAUGCUCCGUAUCAAUUGAUGGAACUUCCUGGUCAUCAUUAUCCAAAUGACACCGAUCAAUUUCCCCGACAUUCUGACGUAUUGAAAUAUCUCCAUUCGUACGCUGAUCGAUUUGACAUAACGAAACAUAUUAAAUUCAACCACUUGGUCGUCCGAGUGCUGCCACUUGAAGAAGACAAGUGGGAGAUCGUUGUUAAAGAAUUACCGAGCGAUGAGUUCAUUACGAAAAUUUUUGACAUUGUCUUCGUAUGCAAUGGUCACUUCUUUGCUCCAUCGAGUCCAGAGAUUGAAGACGCUCAAGAAUUCAGAGGAAAACUGAUUCAUAGUCACGAUUUUCGCACAGCUGAGGCAUUCCGCGAUGAAGACGUUUUAGUGGUCGGAAUGGGAGCUAGUGGAAUAGAUUUGUCUAUGAAACUUCUUGACGUUGCUGAAAGUGUCACAGUUAGUGUGACAAAUCGAUCGACCUUGGGCCAAAUACCUCCAGAAAUUAUCGUACGCGAGAAAGUAAGGCGACUUACGUCUAAUGGAGCGGAGUUUGCCGAUGGUAGCAAAGGAUCAUUCACCGUUGUUAUCUAUGCAACGGGCUACAGCUAUUCGUAUCCGUUUUUGAGCGUCGAUUCUGGGAUUCAUGUUCACAAUGAUUUUGUCCAGCCGUUAUACAAGCAAAUUAUCAAUAUUUAUCAUCCCACAAUGGCAUUCAUCGGAAUACAGAAAUAUGUCAUUGUGUACCACUUAUACGACAUUCAGGCUCAAUUCGCGUUGAAAUUCCUUAGUGGUGAAAAGAAGUUACCAUCGAAAGCCGAAAUGUCGAGAAAAUAUUAUGAAACCGAUCGUCAAUUUCAAUUGGACUGGGAUAUCAAGAAACAGGGUUUUGAAGAGUUUGUGUCAACACAACGACAGUAUUUAAAUGAACUAUCAGCACUAGCCGAUAUUGAAAAGAUCCCAGAAGUUUUUAACGCUCUUUCGUAUGAUGCGGUUAAAGUGUUCUUUCAACAUCCGAUCAUAGUUCGUAAAUACAAAAUCAAUGUAAUCGAUAGUGAACAUUUUACCAAAGAGUGGCAAGGAGAAUAAAUGGAAUUGUUUUGAUAUUGGAAGGAGUUCUAGUGCAAUCCAUGACAGCAAUUAUUUUGAUAAUGUUUUAACCUGUUUCAACAAUAGAAAUAUCUUGUUAACAACUAACACUAUAUGUCAGUAUGUAUUGGCCAUUGGCCUUCGUACUGUAAUUAACGAAUUUUAAUAAAAUUUAUAAAAGGUGUU